AUGGAGGCCGAAAAGUUCCUGGGUUUCAUGAUAACCCAAAGGGGAGUGGAAGCCAACCCCGAAAAGUGCCAAGCGAUACUCCAGAUGAGGAGUUCGGGUUGCAUCAAAGACAUUCAGCGGCAGGCGGGAAGGCUCACUGCAUUGUCCCGUUUCCUCGGUGCAUCGGCAGCAAAGGCCCUACCCUUCUUCAACCUGAUGAAGAAAGGAAUAGCAGCCGGCGAACCACUCUACCUAUACCUAGCCAUAACAGAAGGAGCGCUUGCAGCGGUGCUGGUGCGAGAAGAAGGGAAGGCCCAGAAACCGAUCUACUUCGUGAGUAAAGCGCUGCAAGGGGCAGAACUCAGGUACAACAAGCUGGAAAAAUUGGCACUAGCACUCUUGAUCUCUUCCCGCAAACUACGACAAUACUUCCAGAGCCACCGAUUGGUCAUGAGAACGGACUAUGGGAUACGUCAGGUGCUCCAAAAACUUGAUUUGGCGGGGAGGAUGAUAACCUGGGCCAUCGAGCUGUCCCAAUACGAUCUGAGCUACGAACCCCGACACGCGAUCAAGGCGCAAGCGAUAGCGGACUUCCUAGUGGAAGUAACCGGAGCCGAGGAUACGGGCACACGGUGGAAGCUCCUUGUGGACGGGGCUUCCAACCAGACGACCGGGGGCGCCGGGAUCAUCUUAGAAAUCCCGGCCGGAGUCAUUUACGAACAAUCAGUCAAGUUCGAGUUUCCCGUAUCAAACAACCAAGUAGAAUACGAAGCCCUUCUGGGGGGCUUGGUUCUAUCUUGGGAAGUCGGGGCUACAAGGUUGGAGGUAUGCAGUGACUCGCAGGUCGUCACCGCGCAAGUAAAUGGAAGCUACCAAGCCAGAGACUCGCUGCUACAAAAAUACUUGGAAAGGGUCAAAGAACUGAGAAAACAAUUUGAGGAGGUCACGGUCCAGCACAUCCCAAGGGAAAGAAACACACGAGCAGACCUCCUAUCCAAGUUGGCAAGCACGAAACCUGGGACCGGCAACCGCUCCCUCAUUCAAGGCAUCGCGAAAGAGCCCACAGUUACCCUACACCUGACCACGAUGAGCCCCUCCUGGAUGGACCCCAUCACCAAUUUCUUGAAAAACGGCAAACUCCCUACGGAUGGAAAGGAAGCCAAAGCAUUGAGAAGGGAGGCUGCCAAGUACACGGUCAUACAGGACCAGCUAUUCAAAAAGGGACUUAGCCAACCUUUGCUGAAGUGCCUAUACCCCGACCAGACGGACUACGUGCUCAGAGAAGUCCAUGAGGGAUGCUGCAGCCACCAUAUCGGGGGCAAACCCCUAGCAAGGAAGCUCAUCCGAGCUGGAUAUUACUGGCCGUCAAUGAUGAAUGACUCCAGAGAAUUCGUGAAGAAAUGCGCCAAGUGUCAACAGAACGCCAACUUCCACAGAGCACCAGCUUCCGAGCUAAGCCUACUGAUGUCUUCCCGACCUUUUGCACAGUGGGGAGUCGACCUCUUGGGGCCCUUCCCGGUUGGCCCAGGGCAAGUCAAAUACUCGAGGAGAUCUGCGUUCCCUAAAGGGUAA